AUAUAUAUUUAUAUGUGCUCAAGCGUAAAGCAUCUUUGAAUGCUUCGAUAAAUUGGAGGGAGACAAUCACAAAAUAAAUGCCAAAAAUUUCCUGCUGUAAAAGUGCUCAUUAAAAUCGAUUGCUAAGAACAGAAAAAAAUAAAGUAAGAGGUGAAAACAUGUGCAACGAACCAGUUUGCUAAUGAAAACUCCGAGAUGGAUAAUUAAAUUCGAACAAUCGUCGGUGAUUAAUAAAAAUUGAGCCAAACAAAACAGUGCAAUUAAUAAACAAAAAUUCCAAUUUGCCGCAGAUUUCGCAGCAAAAUGAAUUAAAGGAGAGCCGUGUGUUUAAAAAGGCUUGCAUGUAAAGAUAAAAAAACAAACGCAUAAAUAAUGCGAUCAAAAUCAGUGACAAAGAGCAACGACGCCUGACAAACAAGAACGAGAAUAAAAUUAAAAAAAUAUAUAUAUAACCGCCAAGGGGCUCUGCCUCACUCCGAGAUGCCCCAAGCUGGCCAAGGACUGAGCCUGCUCCUGGUCCUGUGCCUGCUGCAGGGCCUCCUACUGCCCAGCACAGCCUGGUUCUACGAUGCCGAGUCCGUGGGCGGAGUGGUGGGCUCCGACGACCGGGGAGGCUCCGAUGAGCACAGCUUCAAGACGCCGGAGACGAAGAACUCCCACAAGUCGCAGAGCACCGAGCUGGUUCAGCACUUUCCCAGCUUCCCGAUGAUCGACCACGGACGUCUGGCCGCCAGGAGGCAGCUGGUCUUUGUGGCCCUGCUGCCAUCCGUGGAGUCGGACAACAAGAACGACUGCAUCAUGCCCAAGGUGCUGCCUGUGCUGGAGCUGGGCAUCCGGCAUGUCCAGCGGAUGGGCUUCGUGGGUGGCACCCACUUCGAUAUACAGCUCAUCUCCCGGGACACCUUCUGCUCCUCGAAGUACGGACCCAUUGGCUUCUUCGAGAUCUACACCCAGUGGCCGGAGGUGAAUGCCGUCUUUGGCCUGCCCUGCGAGUAUGUCUUGGCCCCCAUCUCGAGGUACGCGGAUGUCUGGCAAGUGCCCGUGCUCACCACCGGCGGCAAUGCCAAGGAGUUCAACAAGAAAUCCGAGAGCUACUCUACGUUGACCCGGCUCAAAGGCGCCCAGGUGAACAAUCUGGGCAACGUGGUGCGUGCCAUCCUCAACAGCUUCAAUUGGACGAGAACUGCUCUCAUAUACCAGAACGAGAACGCCAAGGUCAAGGGCAAUUCGGUGUGCUUCCUCUGCCUGGCCGCCAUCCACGACACCAUCGAGGAGCACUCCGUCUACCAGCUGGGCUUCGACACCUCCACCUGGACCAAGGCGGACAUCACGCGGAUGCUCAAGAAUGUGGCCAUGCAGACGAGAAUUGUCAUAAUGUGCGCCGAUCCGCAGUCGAUACGUCAAAUUAUGCUGACAGCCGAGGAGCUGAAUAUGAUCGAUAGCGGCGAAUAUGUUUUCAUCAAUAUUGAAUUAUUUUCGCGGGUUCAAUACCUGACGUCGCAGCCCUGGUACGAUAAGAACGACACGGAUUUGAAUAAUGAGCGGGCCCAGAAGGCCUACACCGCCAUGCUGACCGUAACACCCAAACAGCCGAACGACAACGAGUACACCAGGGUCUCCAAUGAGAUCAAAGCCAUCGCCGCGGAGAAAUACAAUUACACGUUCAGCGACAACGAGCCGAUUUCGGCAUUCGUCACUUCCUUUUUCGAUGGAGUCCUCCUGUACGCCAACGCCCUCAACGAGAGCAUCCGGGAGGAUCCCACGAUGCUGACGCGCCCCAUCAACGGCACCGACAUGGUCAGGCGCAUGUGGAACCGCAGCUUCACCGGCAUCACUGGCAACGUGACCAUCGAUGCGAAUGGUGACCGGCUGUCCGCCUACUCGCUGCUGGACAUGAAUCCCGCCACCGGAAGGUUCGAGAUCGUGGCCCACUUCCUGCACAACCGCCUGGAGUUCGAGGCCAACAAGGAGAUCCACUGGGCGGGCGAACGCGAGGAGGCGCCUCCAGAUCGACCCACUUGCGGCUACGAUGGGGCUCUUUGCCCUGAUAAUUCUCUACCCGGCUAUGCCAUCCUGUCGAUUGUGCUGGGCACCAUGGUCAUCGUAAUGGCCGUGUGCUUCUUCUUCGGCUAUCGCCACUACAUCGCCGAGGCGGAGAUCAACUCGAUGAGCUGGAAGGUGUCGCUGGAGGAUGUGAUGUUUCGAGAUGCGGCAGAGCGUGGACUACGAGGUUCCUUCCAUUCGCUGGUGAAACAAAGCUCGCAACUGACUCUGAUGUCCGAGGACAUGGUGUCCAUCAAUGGGGACCGCCAGAUCUUCAUACCCGUGGGCAUGUUCCGCAAGAGCAAGGUGGCCAUCAAGCCGGUGGAGGUGGACAAUGUGCAGGCCGUUCUAACGCGCAGCUUGAUGCUGGAGCUGAAGCGGAUGAAGGACCUGCAGCACGACCACUUGGUCAAGUUCUAUGGCGCUUGCCUGGACACGCGACGCAGCUUCCUGCUCACCGAGUACUGCCCCAAGGGUUCGUUGCAGGACAUCCUCGAGAACGAGCAGUUCCAGCUGGACUGGAUGUUCCGCCUGUCCCUCAUGCACGACAUCGUGCGCGGCAUGCAGUUCCUCCACAGCUCCGACAUCCGCUCCCACGGCAAUCUAAAGUCCUCCAACUGCGUGGUGGACUCCCGGUUCGUGCUCAAGAUCACCGACUUUGGGCUGCACACCCUGCGGCGGACGAGAUUCGACCUGGAAAGCGACGGGGGCAACUGCAACAGCCACGCCUACUGGAGCAAGCUCUUGUGGACCGCCCCCGAAUUGCUGAGAGUGGAGCAGAACAGAGCGCCAGAGGGAACCCAGAAGGGUGACGUCUACGCCUUCGGAAUCAUUGUGCACGAGAUAACCACUCGACAAGGACCCUUUUACCUGGGCAGGUGUGCGUACGAGAAGUCGCCGCAAGAAAUCAUCGAACUGGUCAAGGGUUACAGCCCGCAGAGAAUGCAGAGGCCUUUUAGGCCGGAACUGGAACCCAAUGGCGACACCAAGGCGGACAUCAACGGUAUCAUUCGUCGCUGCUGGGCCGAGGAUCCUGCCGAGCGUCCGGACUUCAAUACCCUCAAGUCUAUGAUAAGAAGGUUUAAUAAGGACAACGAGACGGGCAACAUUGUGGACAAUCUCCUAAAGCGCAUGGAGCUGUACGCCAACAAUCUGGAGGAGCUGGUGGAGGAGCGCACCCAGGACUACCACGAGGAGAAGAAGAAGUGCGAGAAGCUGCUCUACCAACUGCUCCCGCAGAGCGUGGCCGCCCAGCUCAUUAGCGGACAGCCCGUGGUGGCGGAGACCUUUGACCAGGUCACCAUCUAUUUUAGUGACAUCGUGGGCUUCACAGCCAUCUCGGCGGAGAGCACGCCCAUGCAGGUGGUGCAGUUCCUCAACGAUCUGUACACCUGCUUCGAUUCCAUUGUGGAGAACUUCGAUGUCUAUAAGGUGGAGACGAUUGGAGAUGCUUACAUGGUUGUGUCCGGUCUGCCCAUUCGAAAUGGGAAUCAGCAUGCCCGCGAGAUAGCCCGUUUGGCCCUGGCCCUCUUGGAGGCGGUGCACAAUUUCCGGAUCCACCAUCGACCGGAGGAUCGACUGAAGCUAAGGAUUGGCCUGCACACCGGAGCCUGUGUAGCCGGAGUGGUGGGUCUUAAGAUGCCGCGCUACUGCCUGUUUGGCGACACUGUGAACACAGCCUCUCGGAUGGAGUCCAAUGGCGAGGCCCUGAAGAUCCACAUCAGUGAGACAACCAAGGCGGCGCUGGAUGAGUUCGGCACCUUUGUGACCACCCGGCGAGGCUUCGUGCCCAUGAAGGGCAAGGGUGAGAUGCUCACCUACUGGCUGGAGGGCGAGGUGCCCCGCCCCAACUCCCUUAUCUCGCCCAGCAAGCUGAUGCUUACGCGCCGCUCCUCGCUGAAGCAGCCACAGCGCAGCCAGUCGCAUCACCUGCACAAACAGUACUCCGAACUGGUGGUGGCCUCACCUCCACCGCCGCCUGCAAUCGCCCUGCCACCGCCACCGCCGCCGUCCAAGGAUUCACCCAAUCUCCGCGUGAAACGCAAGAUCAGCUCCAGCUCGCCCAAGCUGAAUGGCGGCGGCUUCGACUACCACAAGACUGAGAACCUCUAUCUGGAUGCGGCGGCUGCCCAGCGGACCUGCGACAUCUACAGCAGCCGGAGCCUGCGCGACAUUGAGGAGACCUCCGACAGCUGGGAACUGGCCCACUUCCGGCUGCCGCUGAGCGGAGCACUGAAGAGCCACCAUCACCUCAACAACAACAAUAGCCACGGCUAUGUGCACUCGAAUUCCAGCUCCAAUCUGAGCGGCAUCCUGCAGCCACCGCCACUGGGUGGUGGUGGCGGCCAACGGAGCCGGCUGAAGCCCUCGCCCACGAUCUCAACGCUGCUGACGAGCGCACGGAGUGAGGCGAAUGCCUCUCCCGGCGCCGAAACCGGCAGCAUGGGCAGUGGCCAGCUGAGGAUCAAGUUUGCCGAAGGGGACGAGACUCCCCUGCUCCAGUCCACCAACACACCAGCGCCACCACCUGUGGCUCCCUCUCCGAUUCCACCGAUGGUGACCGCCAGUCCGCAGCGGAGCAGCAGUGGCCCCAACAUUCCGGCUGAGAGCAACCACUACGGUUUCCUGGUGAAGAGCUACAAGCAGCAGUGCCCACCGGUGGCGGGCAGUGCCGUCACCCAGCCGCUGCUGGCCAAGAUCAACUCAUAGCUGUAUGCGGGGGAGUCGGCUCCCUCUCCGCUGUAAUCAUAUGCAUAUUAGAUGUACUUGUUUGUGAUAAUAAGUUAAACCCAAGUUGAACAAGUUAGUGGUUAGUCGACAGUCGACCGAAUCAAAUUCGAAAUUCGUACGGGAACUCUUCUAAAAUGUUUCGUAGUUUUUAAUCGCCUCGACCUUUCCCUUUCCCCUUAUCAUAAGUAGCGAAUUUUACAUGUUAAAAAAACCUCAAAAACAAAAAACACUCGAUGUAAAUAGCAAUUUACUACCAACCAAUUUGUUCCUUGUACUUUGAAUAUAUUCAUUCUCUCCAAACUCAGACAAUUAGUUUAGAGUAGAUAUUACCUAGCGAUAAGCGUAGACCAUUUGUGAAAAUUUCUUGUACGUAAAGUAUUAGACGAACAUGAAUAUUUAUUUUGAAAAUUGACGAAUAAAGAAAUCUAUAUGAAUUAAA